AUGUCUAAAGAAGUUCGACCUGUUGUGUUCGCAAAUGCCGAAGAACUUCUGGAAGCAGUUAUCCAGAACAGAAAAUUGGAAGGGAAUUUUCUGAUCAAAGUCAUAGCAGACGGAGGACAAGGAUUCUUCAAAAUUAGUUUGACCAUUCUCCCUGAAAAUUAUUCCUUUGAUAAUUAUGACGACUAUGAUCCCACUUCAAGAGAAGGAUCAUCUUCGGCAGACGACCCAAAUGAAUGUGGCAAGCUAGCUAAAACCAGAAAACUCACAAGUGUGAAUAAAUUGAUAAUGUUAUGCUUAGUACCUCAGAUCAAAGAAAGUUAUGAAAACAUAAAGCGCUUAUUUGAACUAACCAAGAUAAAUGACAUCCCAUUCAAAUUCGUCGCAGAUUUCAAACUUUUAUUAAUUAUAAACGGCCAGCAAACUGCAACAGCAACCUAUCCCUGUCCCUAUUGUUACAUCUCAUUAGGCAGUUUGAGAGGGUCUUCAACAUCUCAGAAUGCCCCUGUCACUGACCCUUGUGAUAUAGAAGGUGAUUCAAAAUUAAGAACAUUUGGAAGCUUGAAAGCAGAUUAUGAAAAAUACUGUCUUGUAGGGAGAAAAAAGAAAUUUAGUAAAGAUUCUUAUAGUACUGUCAAUCCUCCUCUUAUUUCUGAAGAAGAUCGCAUUAGUGUUCUGCAAAAAUGCAUAAUCCCCGAGCUCCACAUAUUACAAGGGUUCGUCAACCAUGUCUUCUGGCAAGGAUUGGUCAAACUGAUAGGUGAAGAAAAAGCCCUAUUGUGGCCAAAAAAAUUAAAUCUAAUCUCUAAAAAUUACCAUGGACAUGCAUUCGAAGGGAACGCUUGUAGGAAGCUCUUAACAGAAGCCGAUAAACUCAACGAUCCUGAAAUUUAUAAGGAUGUGGGUAUUUUUAAAAUAAUGCCUUACAUUGCUGCAUUUAAAGCAAUGAACAAGGUUGUAAUUUCAAGUUUUACUUCUGGCAAAGUUGGGCCCUUGAUUAGCGAUCAUGUGAAAGAAUUGAGAAAAUGUUUGGAUAGUAUAGAAAAUGUAUCCUGCACAUUGAAAAUCCAUGUCCUUCUGGAUCAUUUGGAAGAAUGCUUAUCAUUUAUUGAAAAUGAGACCGGUUUGGGAUUCUGGUCCGAGCAAAGUGGAGAGGCCAUUCAUCAUAAUUUUUUGAAGUUCUGGGGUCGUUACAAAGUGACAGACAUUCUCCAUCCUACAUAUUCAACCAACUUAUUGAAAGCUGUCGUUGAGUUUUCUUCUCUCCACCUUUAA